AUGGACAUGUCUGCGGCAACCGCCACCACAACCAGUAUGGAGAUGUCCUCCACGGCGUCGUCAGACAGCAUGAGCUCAAUGGAUAUGGCUUUUAAUACCAACAAUCUAUCUGCAAUCCUGUUCUCCCAAUCCUGGAUGCCGACAACAACAGCAAGCUAUGUUGGGACAUGGUUCUUUCUCUUUGUUCUCGCCAUUACCUGGCGAGCCUCAGCAGCUUUACUUGCAAAACUGGACGCCUCCUGGGCUGCUAAAAAUGCAAGAUAUUCGAUUCUUAUCAAUGGUGGCCAGGAACAGCCUUCAGAAAAAGAUCUAGUACGAGCAUGGCGGCUAUCAGUCAAUCUACCUCGGGCGGCAUUACGCAUGGUCCAUCAAGGGAUUGCAUAUUUAUUGUAA